UUUGCCGCAGGCGCAGAGGAUGAAAUUGCAUCAACAUGGAAUCGAAAAAGCUGGCGUAUUGUACGUUUUCGCCCUCGUGUCCUUCGCCCGAUAUUGCAUGUCGACACUUCAUGCAUUAUAUUCGGCAAUCAGUUCUCAGCUCCGUUUUUUAUCGCUCCGGCCGGUGGUGGCAAGCUCGCAAAUAGUGAGGGAGAGGUUCUGCUUACUCGCGCUGCAGCUAGGCAUGGAAUUCUUCAGUGGGUGUGUAAUAACGCCGGCUGCACCAUGGACCAAAUGGCGGCUGCUCGGAGCGGACGUCAAACUCUGUAUUGGCAAAUUUAUGCCAAGUCAGAUCUGAAGAAGUCAGAGAGAGAACUUCGACAUGCCCUCGAGCUAGGGUAUACAGGCUUUGCACUCACGGUCGAUGCAGUUUGGCCAGGCCUCAGAGAGAGAGAUGUGCGCAAUAGCCUCGAUGACGUGGCUGCAAAACAUAACACCAGCGCUAGUAUGGAAGAAGAAGAAGGAGGAGGAGGGAAUGCUGACCGCAAAGCAAGGCCAGUCUACAUCGAAUUCGACUGGAUAUCGGCAGUCACAUGGAUUCGAAGCAUAACGAAUCUACCACUGGCCAUCAAGGGAAUUCAACGUUGGCAAGAUGCUGCCCGAUGCCUCGAAUUCGACAAUGUGCAUCCGUGGCUAUCUAAUCACGGAGGAAGGCAGCUCGACAGCGCUCCAUCAUCCCUCGAAACACUGAUUGACAUUCGUAAAUACUGUCCAACAUUGCUCAGAAGCCGCGAAGUUAUAAUAGACGGUGGAGUCACACGCGGCGCAGAUAUUGUCAAGGCAUUCUGCCUAGGCGCUAAAGGUGUAGGUCUAGGCCGGGGCUUUUUAUUUUCGAUGGUUUACGGGAAAGCUGGUGUUGGAAAGGCAAUCCGCAUCUUGAAGCAUGAGAUGGAGACGACGAUGGCAUUACUAGGAGUUUGCUCUCUCUCCGAGCUGGAUUCGUCUUUUGUGAGUCUUCCGACAUGCCUAGAGAACAUCCCAGCCCUUUUUCCUGUAAGCACACAAGCAAUACUGAUGCAGCCAGGUCGAAAUUUCCCAACUGGUGACAACUUUAAAGCUAUGAUAUAA